AUGAAUUUAGUUAAACAAUUAAUAAAUGCUGGUGCUACUCUUGGUACAUCUGUCAGUGUUAGUGAAUUAUUAUCUCAUCCAAGUACAAAAAGUGAACAUGUCAUAUUUAUUCCCUUUUAUCUUGAACGUAUGCACUAUGGUGGUUUGAGUUUACAUUAUAUUGAUAUACAAUCGCAUCUCCGUGUAUUUACAUUAGCAUGUCAAGUAUAUGAUUAUGAAACACAACAUGCAAUUAAUAUACGUUCAUUUGUGAAUAAGAUUUUAGAAGAAUUUGGUCUUCAUUUAAACGGUGAUAUUUUUGUCGUUACUGAUAACGAGAAUAAAAUGAAGUGUGCUUUUAAAGAUGAUGUGAAACGUGUCGGAUGUAGUACACACUACAUAAAUAAAGUACUUCUACAUGCAUUUACAUAUGAUGAUAUACAAUGUGAUGCUGCUCAAUUAUUGUUUAAAUUAGUUCGAGCUCUUGUUACUAAAAUCGUUGAUGAUGUUCAUUACAUAGCAACUAUGCUGCAUCCAAGUCUUAAAAGUUUUAAUCAUACAUCACAUAAAAAAUAUUAUGCAGAAACAUUAUUAAAAUCGGAAUUUGAUAAAUAUCAACAACUUGAACAACAACAGCUAUUGUCAAAUAAUAAUAAUAUGAAUAUUUUAAUAUAUUAUAAUAAUAAUAAAUCAUUAUAUCCUAUAUUGGCAAAAAUAGCUCAACGUGUAUUAGCUAUUCCAGCAACUAAUACCUGUGUAGAACGUCUAUUUUCCGAUGAUGGAAAUGUAAUAACAAGUCUUCGUACACGUUCACAAACAGGUGAAGUUAAUCAAUUGUUAUUUAUACGUCGAAACAUAUCAACAUUAAGAGAAUUAUUUCCACCAUUAAUUGAACAAUUAAAAAAAAGAAAAAAUAGCAACACUUCAACAACAACAAUGAAGAAACGAAAAAAAUUCAAAAGAAGAUGA